AUGUCGCGAGGCUUUCAUUUCACUGUAGCUUUGCUCUUUUUGGUCAUACACUUGAAGUCAAUUGUUGUUAUUAGUUCACAGUUGGAUGAUGAUAUAGAUUUGUCAAAGGGUGCUUCAUUCAUUUUUGGGGAUUCUUUGGUUGAUGCGGGCAAUAAUAAUUAUCUGCAAACAUUGUCAAAGGCUGAUACUCCACCAAAUGGGAUUGAUUUCAAGGCUUUAGGUGGAAAGCCGACCGGUCGUUUCACAAAUGGUCGAACGAUAGGAGAUAUUGUCGAGGAGGAAUUACGGGAGCCAAAUUACGCUCCGCCAUAUCUUGCCCCAACAACUACCGGAAAAGCUAUAUUGUAUGGCGUAAAUUAUGCUUCCGGGGGUGGAGGGAUCUUGAAUGCUUAG